UCCAAUAUAAAAAGGUAUGGAUAGGGAUCAAAGCCAAGAAAAGUUUUAGUACUCACAUAGAAAAGGCCAAUCCAAACUGUGUAGUACUUGUUCUCUUCUCACUAGUCUCCCCGUUUGCCUUUGCCUUUCAUCUCUCAGUAUGGGUACUGGUUGGAGAAGAGCCUUUUGCACUAGCGACCCAGAUAAUUCCCCAAUACGCACCAAAGACAGAACCCUAAGUCCUACUCCUUCCCCCAGAAGCUGUGUCAGCCUGGGCUUCCUCUCCACACCAUCACUGCACCAUCACCACCACCACCACCACCAACAACAACCCCUCUCUUCAACUCCAAAAAGUUCAACAAUCACAGAACCACCAAAUGACAGCCCCAGAUUUCAAACCAAAACCCAUAAGUCAAACCCAAAUUCUCCUCUCUCCCCUAAGCUCAACCUCUCCCUCUUCAGAAACAGCUUCAAAUUUAGAAAUAGUUGCGGAAUCUGUUCGAAUAGCGUGAAGACAGGGCAGGGAACGGCCAUUUACACUGCUGAGUGCGGUCACGCGUUUCACUUCCCCUGCGUCGUUUCCCAUGCACACAUCCACGUCUGUCCCGUAUGCGACGCCACGUGGAACGACGUGCCGCUUCUACAAAACGACGCCGUCGUUCACACCGAGAAACAAAAUCAACCGAGUCAUCAUCAUCAUCAUCGUUCCGAUUCCGUCACCUCCUACGACGACGACGAGCCUCUCCCUUCUCCUCUCACAUGCUCCACACAAAUCGCUCCGAUCCCCGAAGAUGAAGAAAACGACGACGUAUCCGAGUUCCCUGGCUUUUUCGUCGAUCCAAAGCCUCAAUCCUCGUUGCGACAAAACAACGGUGGUGAUUCGAGGAGUGUUCGAGUGAAGCUGAUGCCGGAGUGCCCGGUCAUAUCAGUAUCGCAAAGCCACGAAACUCGUGCUUUGGUGUUGAGAGUGAAGGCUCCGCCGUCGCCGCCGAGAUGGCGGCGGCGGGAGCCGAUGGAUCUCGUGACGGUGCUUGACGUUAAUAACAGCAUGAGCGGCGCGAAGUUUCACAUGCUAAAGCGCGCCAUGCGUUUGGUUAUAUCGUCACUCGGCCCGGCUGACCGGCUCGCCGUCGUGGCUUCCUCGGCUAAUACCAAACGGUUGUUACCUCUGAGGAGAAUGACGGCUCAGGGACAACGCGCGGCGCGGCGCGUCGUGGAUCGGCUCGUGUGUGACCAUGGAAACAGCGUUGGUGAAGAAGCGAUGAAGAAAGCCGCUAAGGUUCUCGAAGAUCGGAGAGAGAGAAACCCUCUCGUUAGGAUCUUGCUCUUAUCAGACGGUCACGACGAGAACAACAACAAAAAUCAACGGAGAUUCUUAAGCCACAUGUCUUCUUCCAUCCGGUUCGAUUGCAUCGAAGUUCCGGUUCAUUCGUCUGGGUUCGAGACGAAAAAAACCGGUUUAAUACACGAACCGUUAGAAGAUGAUUUUGCACAAUAUAUUAACAGGACAUUGAGUGUGGCGGUGCAUGAUUUAAGAAUUCGGCUUGGCUUCUCCGCGCCGGCUGAAAUCCGAGCCGUUUAUUCAUGCAGUGGGGGACCCACUGCGCUGAGCUCAAACUCAGCUCGGCUUGGUGAUUUAUACGCUGAAGAGGAGAAGGAGUUGUUGGUGGAGGUUAGAGUGCCCACGUCAGCAUCAGGGACCCACCAUGUGAUGACAGUGCGGUGUGUUAAAAAAGACCCUGUGUCUCAAGAGUUUGUAUACGGUGCGGAACACGCGUUUACGGUGGUGCCACCAAAGAGUAUUCCAAUUUGUGGCGGUAGGGUGGAGCGGCUGAGGAAUGUGUUUAUAACGAGCCGAGCUGUAGCCGAGUCGAGGAGGCUGGCGAAGCACAACGAGUUUUCGAGUGCUCAUCAUUUGCUCGCUUCGGCUCGGGCGCUUCUGACUCAGUUCGGCUCGGCUGAAGAAUACGUGCGUGGCUUGGAAGCCGAGCUAACUGAGCUUAAUUGGCGGAUGCAGCAGCUACGUGUUGAGAGGGAGGUGAGGUUGGUGGAUGAGAGUGGUGAGGUUAUAACGCCCACGUCGGCUUGGAGAGCCGCUGAAAAGCUGGCUAAGAUGGCUAGGAUGAAGAAGUCGUUGAACAAAGUUAGCGACUUGCACGGCUUCGAGAAUGCUAGGUUUUAAUAAUGCUUGGUUGUAUUUGCAUUAAAAAAUAAUUAAAAUGUGGAUUCCAGAAAAUGUAUAAAAUAAAAGUGUGGAAGUGUAGUUGCUACUUAAAAGAUAGGGUGCUGAAUGGAAUGGGGACAAGUAGGUAGAAGAGGGUGGUGCUCUUUUCUUCAUGCAUAGGAAGAUUACUAGCUAGAAGAAAUUAAGAGUGUAGAAUGUUAUGUGUAUAAUACUGUAGAGCAAGUUUAUGUUAAGAGUUUUUAAUUGCACGGAUCAACACAAAAGUACUUGGUUUAUCUUAAUUAAUGGAUUUUAAUUAUCUUACUUGUACAGUUUAUAUUUCCUUAUGGGAAGGCAUGAAAACUGAUUGGAUUUAUUUGCCUU